GCCGGCGGUGAGUCAUCAGUAACUCUAGAUCUGAAGCUGAGCUCCGUAGUCGCUUUGAGCGUCUGAACAACGUACGCAAGAACAAAUCGCCGCAAAAGAUUUCUAAUAAUGGCAAUGACACUCCCUAUGUCAGCUAUCCUAUUCUUCUGCUUCGCAUCAACAACCUUCUCUCAGAAUGCACCUAUGACGUAUAUACAAGGUACGGAUGAGGAUAUGACGACACCUACACCUAGCAUGAAGUAUAUACAUGAUACGGAUGAGGCUAUCACGACACCAGCGAUUGAUAUCACUGACGCAACCAGUACUACGACGAAGCCAACAGAAUAUUGCGAAUGCAUUGGAGAGAAAGGAGAAAUGGGAGAGCCUGGAAUGGAUGGGCAACAUGGUGCCCCCGGAAGUGCUGGAAGUCCUGGUGCACCAGGUCCUGCAGGUCCCACAGGUCCACCGGGUGAAAUGGGUGAACAAGGCAUGAAAGGAGAAAAAGGUGAACCAGGAAUGCAACCAAGAAUGCCUCCACCACCACGACAUCCACGGCACGUAAACUGGAAGCAAUGUGCUACGACUGAAGGUUCAGACAUACAAAAUGGAGUAUUACUCAGCUGUCCAUUCAAUAAACAUCGUAGUGAAUCUGCACUACAUGUGGAGUUCGGAGGAACUCUACGAACGAUGCUCAAUAGUUUGGUUCAUAAUGUUGUUUGUGCUCGAUGGUACUUUACAUUUGAUGGAGAAGAAUGCCAACCGCCAAUUGAUGGGGUUGUGUUUGAGGGGCAAAGAGGCAAUUCACAUUAUCCACACCAAAUCGGUGGUUUUUGUCAAAAGACGAUGGCAGACCAAGACAUCACAAAAGGUAUGGUUAACAUCGAAUUUCGCAUUGGGAACUGCCAUCAUUAUAGCCGACAAGAGGAAGGCAUCACUUAUCUUGGCUUAGAUUCUGUUUCACGAGUAAUAAUCACAGAAAUGCCACCGCCUCAAAACUAAAGUUGGUUUGUGAACUCAUGUGUGACUGAUGACUUUUGUGCUAGUUAGCUACACACAGCAAAGCAUAGUUUCUACGUAUCUAGCAGUCUGCCAUUCUGUUGGUGUUCAUUAUUUCACUAAGCAGUUAGAUUAUGCGUCUUGCUGAUGACUGGCAUAAGCAAACGCUGUUGCAAAUUGAAAUGCAGUCAAAACUCA